AUGCCCUUCCGUACGUUCAGCCUCGUCACGUGCAAGAACACGAUUCUCUCUGGUCUCACGAUCGACUCGAGAGCGGGCAAUGGCAUCGCCAAGAACACAGAUGGGUUCAACUUGUCUAAGAACGACGGGGUCACGAUCACCGGCAACACGAUCUACAACCAGGACGACUGUCUUGCUAUGCAGUCGAGCACCAACACCGUCUUUAGCAACAACUACUGCUGCAAUACGCACGGUAUUUCCAUCGGGUCUCUUGGUGGCAACGCUGUCGACGCAUCUACCACGGUGCGGGGCCUAACAAUCUCGGGCAACACGAUCGUCAACAGCGUCAACGGUUUCCGCAUUAAGACCAUCAUUGGUCUCAAGGGACUCAUCGCUGACGUCAAGUUCAUCAACAAUAAGGUUCAGAACGUAAGGAACGCGGUCUCUCUCCACGCGAACUACGACAGGGGAUUGGGCAGGUACAGGGGUCCGCCCACGAGUCAGGUGCAGAUCACUCGUUUAAUGGUCUCCGGUCUCACUGGCACGGCGGAGAAAGUGUACGAUAUCCAAGUCAACCCGAAGGUGAUAUCGGAUUGGACCUUCGAGGCCAUUGAUGUGCGCGCGUCGAUGAAGAGUACGAUUGAAGGCUUGCCCAACGGCGUGGCCGUUUGA